UUCGUUCCCUUGCGAACGCGAGUAGAUUUCUCUGCUGCCAAUCCUGCAUUUGCUGCCAAAUCACGCAAGGAGACCCGCUACCAGCGCCGAACCAUCAUCCGUGGUGACCUCCGAGGACGACAGCUACGGGGGAAAGCAGGUCAUCAACCUCACCCCUCAUCUAUACAAAUGUGUCUUAUCCAAUGUCCGCGAACAUCCGAUUCUUCGUGAACUGCGGGAAGAAUCAUCGACUAUGCCAGGAAGCCAGGUGCAGGUAUCUUCUGAUCAAGCCCAACUACUAGUGAAGUGAUUCUUGCACAAAUUCUUGGAGCACAAAGGCGUAUUCAAGUUGGUGUCUAUACAUGACGAAGUGGAUGAUGGCGGUCGUAACGAUGCGGAAGAAGUGGCGGCGGCGGCGGCCGUCGGAGUGGAGAAAGGCGGACGGGAGAUGUGCUGGGACGGGUGCGGACGGCCAGUGAGCGUGUGCGUGUGCGCCCAUCUCCCCGCUCAGCCGAUCCCUACCUCCACUACUAUCAUCGUCCUCCACCAUCCCCACGCCCUCCGCCGCAACCCUCUCUCCACCCUCCCCCUUCUCUCCCGCUCCCUCCUGCGAUGCGACGCCCUCCCUGGCCGCCGACUCCGCCUCGGCUCCCAUUCCCUCCUCGACUCCCUCUACCGGAACGCGACCGAUCGCCCCUCCGCUGUCUUCCUCUUACCCGGAGGCAGGGAUCUCUCCCUCUUUGCCACCGAGUCGGGGCCCCUGCCCUCCGUCCUCGUCGUGUUCGACGGCACGUGGAGGCAAGCAAAGGAGAUGGCGGCGGCGAGCGCGCCAUUCCUCGAGCGGUUUGCUGUUAGGGUUUCACUGGGCGGAUACGAUCCGGGGGUGGAGGGGCCGAGCACGUUCGAGUCCGAGCUGGUGCUGAGGAAGGAGCCAUUCCAGGGUUGUGUGAGCACAAUGGAGGCGGUGGCGAGGGCGUUGCGAGUGAUGGAGCCGAGUGGAAAGGGGGCGGAGGUGGAGGGCGCGCUGCUGUUGCUGCUGAGAGCCAUGGUGGGCUUCCAGGCGCGCCACCUGCAGCCGACGAAGCCCCGCGCCAAACUGAAGAAGAAAAAGGAAAUCAUGGCAGAAAUGGUGGCGACUGGGAAGACAAAUGAGAAGAAGGGAGCUGCCGAGGAACAAAAUCUAACGGAAUAAACCUUAUAAAUGAAAACCAAGAAGUUUUAUCAGCCUGUCAGAGCAACAUCUCAGCCAAUUGCAAAUAUAUAUCAUCAAGAAGAUCCAACAUCGUAUCUUCAUAUGAUUGUUGGUAGUGUGCCCUUUUAAACUGAAAAACAGUGUAUCGCAAUGAUAAAAAGAAAAAGUUUAUCUUAUCAGCCAUCUUGGAUUUAUAGUUUUCUUUGUUGGUGGUUUGAUUUAUUCGAACAAAGCUUCAUGACGGUGAAACACCUGUUGAUACUUUUUGUUCAAAA